UCUUGGGCUGGAGGAAAAGGAAGGUGGCAUUGGUUGGCUGGUCACCCUCCUUCUCAAGGAUGCAUUAUAAAAGGCUCCUCUCCACAGGAGCAUCCCCACACAUUGAAAGAUCCCCUGAAGGAGCCAUGACUGCCCUGGGCAUCACGGUUGCCCUGCUGGUGUGGUUGGUCACCCUGCUGCUCGUCUCCAUCUGGAAGCACAUCCACAGUAGCUGGAAACUUCCCCCUGGCCCUUUCCCACUGCCCAUCGUUGGGAACAUUUUCCAGUUGGACCUUAAGAAUAUUCCCAAAUCCUUCACCAUGCUGGCAGAGCGUUAUGGGCCGGUGUUCACUGUGUACCUGGGUUCACGGCGCAUUGUGGUCCUGCAUGGCUACAAGGCCGUGAAGGAGGUCUUGCUCCACUACAAGAAUGAGUUCUCUGGCAGAGGGGAAAUCCCCGUGUUCCAAGUGCACAAGGACAAAGGGGUCAUUUUCAAUAAUGGACCAACCUGGCGGGACACUCGGCGGUUCUCCCUCACCACCCUCCGUGACUUCGGGAUGGGGAAAGAGGGCAAUGAGCAGCGGAUCCAGAGGGAGGCCCACUUCCUGCUGGAGGCGCUCAGGAAGACCCAUGGCCAGCCCUUUGAUCCCACCUUCCUCAUCGGCUGCGCACCCUGCAAUGUCAUCUCCGACAUCCUCUUCCGCCAGCACUUUGACUACAAUGACAAGACCUGUCUGAGGUUAAUGAGCAUGUUCAAUGAGAACUUCUACCUGCUCAGCACCGGCUGGAUCCAGCUUUAUAAUAAUUUCUCAGGCUAUCUACGCUACCUGCCUGGAAGCCAUAGGAAACUAAUGAAAAAUAUAUCUGAAAUAAAAGAUUAUGCUUUAGAAAGAGUGAAGGAGCACCAGGAUUCGCUGGAGCCCAGCUGUCCUCGAGAUUUCACUGACACCCUGCUGAUGGAAAUGGAGAAGGAAAAAUACAGUGCAGAAUCUACAUACACCUUGGACAACAUUGCCGUGACCGUGGCCGACAUGUUCUUUGCAGGGACAGAGACCACCAGCACCACCCUGAGAUACGGGCUCCUAAUUCUCAUGAAAUACCCAGAGGUUGAAGAGAAACUUCAUGAAGAAAUUGACAGGGUCAUUGGUCCAAACAGAAUCCCUGCCAUCAAGGACAGGCUGGACAUGCCCUACCUGGAUGCCGUGGUACAUGAGAUUCAGCGAUUCAUCGACCUCAUUCCCUCCAACCUGCCACAUGAAGCAACCCGGGACACAGUAUUCAGAGACUACAUCAUCCCCAAGGGCACAGUGGUAAUUCCGACGCUGGACUCCGUCUUAUAUGACAGCCAAGAAUUCCCUGAGCCGGAGAAGUUUAAGCCAGAGCACUUUCUGAAUGAAAAUGGAAAGUUCAAGUACAGUGAUCAUUUCAAGGCAUUUUCUGCAGGAAAGCGGGUGUGUGUCGGAGAGGGCCUGGCUCGCAUGGAACUGUUCCUGUUCAUGGCUGCCAUCUUGCAGCACUUUAACUUGAAAUCUCUUGUUGACCCCAAGGAUAUUGACCUCAGCCCCAUCACGAUUGGGUUUGCCAAGAUUCGCCCCCAUUACAAACUCUGUGUCAUUCCCCGCUCACAAGUGUGAGGGAGAUGUGCUCUAAAGGCCCUGGUUCCUUGAUGCUGACCUGGAGGCCUCCUGUCCCCAGUGUCCCCACAGGGAACACAGCCCGGGCUCCAUAGGAAAUCAAAUGGGCCAGUGAAGCUGCUUCCAGCCCACAUCCUUCAGAUAGAAUUUGAAAGCAAAGUCCAAAAAAGAUUUUGUACAAUCAAUUAAAGUAAGUAAAGCUAA